AUGUCCAGUGUUGGCGAUAUGUAUCACGUCCACGAGCGCGGAGUCCGCAUGGCGCUGUCAAACUUCGCCGUCUUCGGAGGCGCGUUCCUUACCCCAGUUUUGGUAGGAGUGAUUGCAGAUUCAAUCGGAUAUCAGUGGACAUUCUAUUUUGUCGCCAUAUUCUCGGGGAUCAUGCUACCGCUGAUCAUACUCUUCUGCCCGGAAACGGCGUUCAGGAGGGAAGAGAAAUUUGACACCGACACUAUGGGGAACUUGCUGGUUAAGGAUGGAGAAGAGAUGAAAAUCCUGGGUAAUCGGGGGUCGAGUAGCACAUCUGCUGAACACGAAGCAGCUGGAAACACGGAUGAAAAGGGAGCAGGAAACUCUGCGGACGAGCAGUCGGUGGGUGAUUUGCCACGCAAGGCUACUUUUCUCGAAAGUAUGAAGCCGUUCAAUGGGCGGAAAACAGAUGACCGGUAUCUGCACCUCCUUCUGCGGCCGUUCUCGCUGUUCUUGCAUCCGGGUAUACUAUGGGCCUGUCUCAUCCAAGGCAGUCUAAUCGGUUUCACGGUCCUUAUCGGUGUUGUGCUUGCAGCAAUUAUGCUUGGCCCACCGCUUUGGUUUGGAGAGAAGGAGACAGGAUACAUGUAUACAGGCGCCUUCAUCGGUGCACUCCUCGGCUUCGGCCUCACCGGUCUGAUUAGCGACUGGUCCGCCAAUCUGCUCACGCGUCUCAAUAACGGCGUCUACGAACCCGAGUUCCGCAUGGUGCUCGUGGUCCCACAACUCAUAUUAGGUUGUGCUGGUAUCUAUGGUUUCGGUUGGACCAGCGCAGAUACGGCAACGUACGGCUGGUUUUGGCCUGAUUUCUUCUUCGCGCUCGUAGUUAUGGGUAUGGUGUGUGGUGCUGUCGCCAGUGCGCUAUACAUUGUCGAUGCGCAUCGCGGCAUGUCCAUCGAAGCUUUCACGUGCCUCCUCGUUUUCAAGAACGUGUUCUCCUUCGCCCUGACGUUUAAAGGCUUCGACUGGGUCGUUGAAGCUGGACGGCGGAGUGGGGUAGGUGGUGGUGGGGGAAUCAAGACCCUUUUUAUCGCCGUUGGGAGUGCGCAGGUCGCUGUUUGUGCGUUGACGAUUCCGAUGUAUAUCCUCGGCAAGAAAAACCGGAGCUUCUUCCACCGCCACAAUGUUUUCUUUGCGGUAACGGAUUGGGUGGCGGACAAACUGACAUUUUGGUAA